UUUUUUUUUUUUUUUGCUUUUCAGCUGUCUUGUUUUUUGUUUUUCGGUCGACCAUUUUUCGAACAAGCAACGCACACUCAAGCAACAAAACAGCUCCAAUCGACACGACACGAACAUCCCCAACGCUCAACACUUUGCUUCAUCGACAGCAGCACACACACACACACAAAAAGCGACAACACACAAAAAACACACCAAAAGCGACGAAUCGCGAGUCGAGCAUCACAAGCGACUCUUUCUGUUCCACUUUCAGACGCAGACACACUCGCACAGAGACACACGCAACCUCAACGUGGUGCUUGUGUGGUGUUGACGUCCGACAAACGCGGGAAGGCGAGGCGAGACGAGACGAGACGAGACGAGAGCGACAGAAAGAGGAGUAGUAGUCAAAAAAACACACAAUGGAAGAGACUCGCUCGCGCGCUGGUCAGGCCAAGCAGCAAUGCGAGGCUGCGCUGGACGAGGCCAUCACGCAGCUGUCGACGGAGGUCGGCGAGGCACAGCUGGACGACCCCGACUUUAUGGUGGCACUGACCACGCUGAACGAGCUGUCGCAGCGGGUGCUGGAGACGACACUUGACGCCUACACGCCAGACCUUGUCAAGCAGGUCUCCACCGCCAUCCAGGACCUCAAGCGCUCGUGGAAGGCGUCCUGGGGCUUUGUCGACCGCAUCACGAACGUCAUGCUCAGCGUCAACCGGCUCACCCGCAUCGUCACCCAGCUCAUCGAGGCAAAAACUGCGCCGCCGGCACCAGCAGCAGCACCAGCAGCAGCAGCAGCUCCUCCAAAGCCCCAAGCCCAGCAGCCGCCAGUCAUCAUUGCGCCGUUGCUUCCUUCAACGCCAAGCACGACCGAGUUGAGCAAGCUGCCAACACUUCCAGUGGCAAAGGCGUUGACGUCAAGCCCUGCUCCUCAACUCACAAAGAAUGCUCAAGGCGGAGCAUCAUUGCCACCAAUCACCGUGGCCGCCGUGGGCGAGCAAACGUCAGUCAUGUGCCGAAUCUGCGAAAAGGAAAUCCAAGCAGCUGUGAUUGCCCAGCAUUCGCCACAGUGUGCUCGACUGCACAAGUGCAUCGAAACCCUCGAGUCGUGCGACGAAGAGCUCCUCACGAUUCACAGCACGCUCGAGCGGAGCAUGUACAAUCUCUCGCACCAGGCUCCUUCUUCGGGCGCUGUCAGCACAUCGGCACCUCGUUCGACCAAGGCAGAGAUCGAAAUGGUGGAACAGCUCCUCGGGUCGGUCAAGCAGCUGCUGGAGGUUGAAAGCAAGAAAGGGAUUGACAUUGACGAGGAAACGCAAAUCAUCCAGUCCAACAUUAACCGUCUCCCAGACUUGAACAACUUUUUGGCCAAGCACAAGCGCGACCUCCUGAGCAACUGCGAGAAGCGCUCCGACGCCAUCAUCACCAAGGGCGAGGUGCUGCAGAAAUACCACGCCAUUCUCUACGCCUUCCCUUCCAACCCUUCCGGAUCCUCGCCAGUGGCCGGUACUUCGACGAACGCCCGCGUAGGAGCACUGCCGAGCAUCAAGGAGUUCAACUUUCUCAAAACCAUCUCGCGAGGCUCGUUUGGACACGUGUACCUGGCCAAGAAGCGCGCAACCGGCGACUACUAUGCCAUCAAGGUGUUGAAAAAGAUGGAUCUCGUCCGCAAAAACCAAGUGGAAUACGUGCGACAUGAGCGUGACAUCCUCUCCAAGCUCAACAGCCCGUUCAUUAUCAAGCUCUACUACUGCUUCCAGACGGUCGACUUUCUCUACAUGGUCAUGGAGUAUGCGAACGGCGGCGACGUCUUCUCUUUGCUGCGCUCCGUCUCUUGCCUGGACGAGUCGUGGGCGCGAUUUUACGUGGCCGAGUUGGUGUUGGCCCUGGAGCACAUCCACGAAAUGGGCAUUGUUCACCGCGACAUCAAGCCCGACAAUUUGCUCAUCAACCGCGAUGGUCAUAUCAAGCUGGCUGAUUUCGGUCUUGCUCGGCACGGGCUCGAGUCGUGCCAUGCAAAGUCCGUGCUGGCCGCGCAAGCGCGGCAGCAGGCCAGGAACGGGCGCAAGGCAAGUGCUGAGCAUGCAGAUGGCGUCGUGGCCCACAAGCUUGGCCAGUCAGCGGCCACUUCUACCUCCAGCAUGACUUCUCUCGGUUCGCCGGCAGCACUCUCUUCGAGUGGGCUUUCCCCGAUUUCCUCGUCCUCGUCGUCAUCGUCGGAGCUGAACGUUUUUGCCGUCAACCGCUCUGGAAUGGUCGAAUCCACCAUCGAGGACGUGGGUAGGAUGUUUGAACAGCCUGGAUCAAUGGCAUCGGUGGCCAUCGCCGCGGCCGCGCGCGCCGUUGCCGAUCGCGGCAGCACCGCCAUCCCGCGCAGUGCGCUCGAGUCUGUCAUGCGUGCACAUUCGAUCGCCAUUCCUGAUGGGACCAAGGGCGAUUCGGCCGUGGCUACUGCGCUGUUGGACGUGCGCUCUGCCGCAGCCAAGGCUGCAGCGCUUCACCCAGGUCCUGAGGGUGGCUCUGCUGGCGGGCUGCGCGACCGAUUGUCUGUGCGACGAAGCAUCUACCAAGAGCACAUCUCGCGCGCCGCCCUGUUCAGCUAUGUCGGCACGACCGACUAUCUUGCACCAGAAGUCAUCCUGGGCUCGGGCCACGACACGGCAGUCGAUUGGUGGGCGCUGGGCGUGUGUCUGUUUGAGUUUAUCGUGGGUGUCCCGCCAUUCUACGAGCCAGUUCUCCAGGACACGUUUGAGAACAUUCUCGAGCGCCGCAUCGAGUGGCCAUCCGAGCUGUCGCCCGAAGCACUCGAUCUUGUCGACAAGCUGCUGCUCGUCAAUGUGGACAAUCGGCUGGGAUCGAAUGGCGCUGCCGAAAUCAAGGCCCACCCCUUCUUCCAUGGCAUCGACUGGAACAACCUUGCCAAAGCCGAAGCCUCCUUCAUUCCCCUUGUGCGCGACGCCGAGGACACGAACAACUUUGCUGGUGCACAUGCCGGUGCGGUCGGCGGGUCUAUGAUUGGCGGAAAGCCAGUUGUUCUCGCACCUGCCGUGCCUUAUGGGUUUGGCAUGCAGCAAGACGACGAGCCGGAAGACGGCCUCGAGGAGCUGACCGAGUUGACUGCCAAUCAGCAGACGCUUCUCUCAGACCCAGAGAACUUUGGCGGCUUUGCUUUCAAAAACCAUUCGUUGCUUCAAACAGUCAACCAAGACCUGGUCGAGCAGCAAAAGGCUGUCCUUCCCACGACGUCCAUUGCUGGCCCUCGCGCGGCCGCCGCAAAGCCUGCUGCUGCCAGUGAAUCCGUGAUCGAACGCGCUUUGACCGUCCUGGUUGCAGAAGAUAAUCCCGUCACGCAGCGCAUUGUUGAAGCACUUCUCAAGACAAUGGGCACAAACCCAGUCAAGGCGUUGGAUGGCAAGAUUGCAGUAGAAAAGGCCAAAGAGGUCAAAUUUGACAUUAUUUUUAUGGACAUCAUGAUGCCCGUGAUGGACGGUAUCGAGGCUGCUCGAAUUAUUCGUACGGAGGACAACCCCAACACCAAGACACCAAUCAUUGCUUUCACUGCCAUGGGCGAAUCCAUUCAAGAAUUCAGGUCGAAAGGGCUGGACGAUUUGCUACCAAAACCGUUCACCAAGACAGAGCUCUUUGGGAUGGUUCAAAAGUGGGGCAAGCCUUCCACCGCAUGAGCACAAGUACCCCCCUGUCAGGUUAUUUCGGCAUUUGUUUUUGUCAACCGUAUUUUUUGAGAGAUCGUUUUUUUUUUUGGCUUUCCACUUUUUUUUUUUCUUGGGUUUGUUUUCUGUUCACAACAAUAUUAACACUAUUGGAUUCGC